UCGUCAAGUAAGGAUGAGUCUUUUUUUGAAAAUGAUAAUGAAGACAAGAAACCUAUACAAAGUGAUAACGAAGAAUUGGAUCCAAACAAUAUCUUAGAUGAAGAUGAAAUGGACUUGAAUUAUGAGCCACAUACAAAAAGACUUAAAAUUUUAUAUAGAAAUCCAGAGAUACCAAAAGUAGAAGAUUCGUUGGAUGUGUACGAAGAAAAUAAUACUCAGCACAUACCCGCUUCUAGUCAUAUGACGGCUAAUGUUUCACAUAUUCCCCCGCCUCACGUAAAACCAACAAAAAUCACAUUUCGUGGUUUUAAAUCAAGUUAUGAAGAGGAUGAAGUGUUAGCGUGUGGUUGGAUGAUGCAGUACAGCAGUUUACGAAAUGACCAAAAAAUAUUUGUUAAAAAGGCAAUCGAUGACAUACUCUUUGAAGCAAAACUGGAAACGUUGCACAGACACUCUAUGAGCAUCAACGAAUCCGCGCUUUGCAACAGCUGUCACUGUGUCGCCGAACAAUUUUCAAUGACUAAUUAAAAAUAUAAUAUUAUUUAGUU